GCGGAGGGCCUAACUGAGGGCUAGGCCGGGCGCGGGGCGGGCGCGCGGCUCAGCGGAGGACCGGCCGCACGCCGGGACGCGGUCAUGUACGGCGCGGGAGGCGGCCGCGCCAAGCCCGAGAGGAAGGGCGGCGCGAAGGAGGAGGCCGGGCCCGGCGGCGCGGGCGCGGGCGGCAGCCGGGUGGAGCUGCUGGUCUUCGGCUACGCGUGCAAGCUGUUCCGGGACGACGAGCGCGCCCUGGCCCAGGAGCAGGGACAGCACCUCAUCCCCUGGAUGGGGGACGCCAAGAUCCUCAUCGACAGAUAUGAUGGGCGCGGUCACCUGCAUGACCUCUCUGCGUACGAUGCCGAGUAUGCCACUUGGAACAGAGACUAUCAGCUGUCGGAAGAGGAGGCGCGGGUAGAGGCGCUGUGUGAUGAAGAGAGGUAUUUAGCCUUGCAUACGGACUUGCUUGAGGAGGAGGCAAGGCAAGAGGAAGAGUACAAGCGGUUGAGUGAAGCCCUGGCUGAGGAUGGGAACUACAGCGCUGUGGGGUUCACUUAUGGCAGCGACUACUACGACCCGUCAGAGCCCACGGAGGAGGAGGAGCCUUCAAAGCAGAGAGAAAAAAAUGAGGCUGAAAGUUUGGAAGAAAAUGAGGAGCCUUUCAUAGCCCCAUUGGGACUGAACGUCCCCCCAGAUGUGGAGCUGCCACCUACUGCCAAGAUGCACGCCAUCAUCGAGCGCACAGCCAACUUUGUGUGCAAGCAGGGAGCACAGUUUGAAAUAAUGCUGAAAGCGAAGCAGGCCCGGAACUCUCAGUUUGACUUCCUACGCUUUGAUCACUACCUCAACCCUUACUACAAGUUCAUCCAGAAGGCUAUGAAGGAAGGACGGUAUACCGUGUUGGCUGAAAACAAGAGUGAAGAGAAAAAAAAGUCAGGAACAAACUCUGACAAUGAGGAUGAGGAUGAGGAGGAAGAUGGUAGUUACCUGCACCCAUCUCUCUUUGCCUCCAAGAAGAGCAGCCGGCUUGAGGAGCUUAUGAAGCCCUUGAAGGUGGUGGAUCCAGAUCACCCCCUGGCAGCCCUGGUGCGUAAAGCACAAGCUGACAGCUCUGCCCCCCCCACGCACACUGCAGAUGGUACGCCCACACAGCCCUCCCAGGUGGAGUACGCGACAGACUCACCUGUGGCAGCCAUGUACUACAGCUACUACAUGCUGCCUGACGGCACCUAUUGCCUGGCACCGCCACCCCCGGGGAUCAAUGUGGCCACCUACUACAGCACGCUGCCUGCUGGGGUGACCGUGUCCAGUUCCCCAGGAGUGACGACCACUGCUCCACCACCUCCUGGGACCACACCACCGCCACCUCCAAGCACCGCCGAGACCAGCAGUGGGGCAACCUCCACCACUACCACCACAAGUGCACUUGGUCCCGUGGCUGCCAUCAUCCCCCCACCCCCAGACAUUCAGCCUGUGAUUGACAAGCUGGCGGAGUACGUUGCUCGGAAUGGCCUUAAAUUUGAGACCAGCGUUCGUGCCAAGAAUGAUCAGAGGUUCGAGUUCCUCCAGCCGUGGCACCAGUACAACGCCUACUAUGAGUUUAAAAAGCAGUUCUUCCUCCAGAAGGAAGGGGGCGACAGCACCCAGCCUGUAUCUGCGCCAGAGGAGGCCCCUGCGGAAGCUGCUCCUGAGAAGCCCAGCGACACCGGCGAGGGUAGCCUGCCUGAGGAUGCCGCCGAGAUGGGGGGCAGAGGUGGGCCCAGUGGGAAGAAGGAGGCAGCGUCCAGUAAGAGUGCGGUGGACGGGAAGCUGGUCAAAGCUUCAUUUGCUCCGAUAAGCUUUGCAAUCAAGGCCAAAGAAAAUGAUCUUCUUCCCCUGGAAAAAAACCGAGUUAAGCUAGACGAUGACAGUGAUGAUGAUGAAGAAAGCAAAGAGGGCCAAGAAAGUUCUAGCAGUGCUGCCAACACUAGCCCAGCUGCGGCCCCACCCUGUGCGGUUGUCGAGGAAAAGAAGCCCCAACUUACGCAGGAGGAGCUAGAAGCAAAGCAAGCAAAACAGAAGCUGGAGGACCGCCUCGCAGCUGCUGCCCGAGAAAAGCUUGCCCAAGCGUCCAAGGAAUCAAAGGAAAAGCAGCUCCAGGCAGAACGCAAAAGAAAGGCAGCUUUAUUUUUACAAACCUUAAAAAAUCCUCUUCCUGAAGCAGAAGCUGGAAAAAUCGAGGAGAGCACUUUCAAUGUGGAGGAAGCCAGCACCGCACCCUGUCCUCUACUGGCUGGAAGCAGACCGCUGCCCACUUCAGAAGGGAAGUCACAAGAAAGGCCUUCCAGCAAAAGCAGAGACCCACCAAGGGAAGAAGAGAAAGAAAAGAAGAAGAAGAAGCACAAAAAACGGUCUCGGACUAGAUCUCGCUCUCCCAAGUAUCACUCAUCAUCGAAGUCCAGGUCCAGGUCCCACACAAAAGCAAAGCACUCGCUUCCCAGUGCCUACCGGACGGUGCGGCGUUCAAGGCACACGGCCUCCCCAGGGACCCCGAGCACGGAGCCUUGUCAGAGCCGAGCAGCAGUGGCAGCAGCAGCCCAGCGAGAGAGUUGUCAGGCAGCCUCGACCUUGGACAGAUUUGACUCCCGGAGCUCUUUUGAGGGAAAGCCUGGUAAAAUGUCAAGGUCCCGUUCUCGGUCCCCUCGGAGGAGAGCCCACUCCCCUGAGAGACGGCGGGAAGAGAGAAGCAUGCCCACUGCCUACCGGAUGAGCAGCAGCCCUGGGGCCAGUAGGAAACGAGCCCGCUCCAGAAGUCCCCAUGAGAAGAAGAAGAAGAGGCGGUCGCAGUCUCGGACCAAGGCCCGGGCCCGGUCUCAGUCGGCAUCGCCUAGCAAGCAGGCAGCACACCGGCCUGCAGCACCCUCGGCCCACUCGGCCAGCAUCUCUCCUGUGGAGAGCCGGGGCUCCAGCCAGGAGCGCUCCAGGGGAGUUUCUCAGGAAAAAGAAGGUCAGAUCUCUUCAGCAAUCGUCUCCUCCGUGCAGAGCAAAAUAACUCAGGACCUCAUGGCCAAAGUCAGAGCAAUGCUUGCAGCUUCCAAAAAUCUGCAGACCAGCGCUUCCUGAGACUAGACUGAGCCCAGCAGCCUCCUCUGCACCCAUCGGGCGUCCCUGCCUGGGGCGGCUUUUGUAAAUUAAUUUUUGAUGGUAUUUUCAGUUUCAGAUUUUUGACCAGCAGCCUCUUACCUGUAUAUUUGUAAAUAAUAUCAUGUUUCUGUGAAAAUGUAUCAUCGAAUAAAAUGGGAAGAAAGCUUUUCUAGCCA